AUGUCUUGGCGACAAAUCCUAAUUGGAUGUCUUAUAUUUGCCACUCUCGUGAUACCUAUUGUUCAAUUAUCAUUUGGUUUCCAUUAUAUAAAACAAACUAAAGUAUGUCCAAUAGAAAAUGAUAUUAUGUUGUUGAUGGCUAUUGGUGGUGUAUUUGAAGUGCUGUUUUUUGCAGCAAGUUUUGGUUUUCUUUGCGCAGUUACACCAUCAAAAUAUAAAAAGCAAAAAUCAAAACCUACCACAGAAGAUAAUACCAAAGGAAGUAAUCGUGCAGCACUAAUUCUCGUUGCGAUACUUGGAGCAUGUGCUACUAUCUUUUUUAUUCUUAUACAAAUUCGAGUAUAUGGAAAUUUUAAAGAUGCUCAAUGGACAGACUCCAAUGCAUCAACUUAUUGUCUAUUUACAGUUUUUUCUAGUGCUUUUGGUCUGAUGGUUGCUACUUACGUUGCUUUUAUAUUGCUUAUUACUGUUGCGUUCAUUUUGCUAUGUGGAAUUUUUGCUCCAAAACAAUAA